GCCCCGGGCGGCACGGGGGUGACCUCAUCAGGCAGCGACGAGGCCCCGCCCCCGGCGGGGCGGGGCGGGACGCCGGCGCCGUUACCGGGGAGACGGCAGCCGGGGCGGGCGGCGGCGAUCAGGCCCGCCGGGCGCGGGGCUCGGCGCUGCCCGGAAGGGGGAAACAUGAAUGAGGUAAAGGAGACCCUAAGAAACAUAGAACAGAACUACAGGCUCUUCCAGCAGCAGCAGUUUACGUUUAUCGCAGCGCUGCAACGUACCCGAGAGAAUGCACAUGACAUGAUCAGACCUGUGGCAAGCAUCAGACAGGUACAGUCCUACAUGGACCAUCACUGUAACAAUUCCACUGACCGGCGCAUCCUCAGCAUGUUUCUGAACAUCUGUAAUGAGCUAAGCAAGCUCUGCCAGAACCUGGAAACCCUACAUCCUGGGAACAGCGUAACCAAUGGCAUUUUGGAAAGAUGCAAGCUGCUCCUUAGCCACAGCAACGAUCUCAGCGCCAUCCGAGCUAAAUACCCCCACGAUGUUGUCAAUCACCUGAGCUGCAACGAAGCAAAGAAUCAUUACGGAGGUGUAGUGAGCCUCAUCCCCGUCGUCCUCGACUGCGUGAAGGAGUGGGUAGCCCACACGGAGAAGCUGCCACGGCACAUGCUGUAUAAUGUGAGUGGUGGAAGUGCUGUCUCUGAGAAAACGGCACCCCAGGAUGUACCAGCCAAGGCAGCCAUUUCCCCCAAACCACCUUCCAUCCGCCUUGGAGCUCAGACCUCAAUUAGUAACAAAGGUUAUGUACAAGUACAGGGAAAUAAGCAUGUGAGAAAGAAGUGCCUAACUGGCACGGAAAAUCACAGUGGGAAACUUAAGAGUCCUUGGAAGCCACCUGGUAGACAUGCUUUUUAAAGGAUCAAAGUUCAUGCAUCUUUGGCAUAGAGGUGGCUGAUUAAAGAUAGCAAAAUGAAUACUUAGAGAUCUUCCUUGUCUAAAUCAAAGUUCUGAAGAGACAGUCUUAACCUAGCCUUUAGCAGGUAAAUACUCCUUUCCCCUGCUCUUAUUUCCACUCUCCUCCUAAAAGUCAUCUCAACAGAACUCGUUGCAUCACACGUGCUCCCUAUGACAAGCCUGGUGGUGAGAGCAGGGAAUAGUCAGGACUAAUCAGGUUCUAAUCUCUCAAAUAAUGAAUCUUGGGCAAGUUACUUGAAGUGGGAUUUUACAGACUUCCUCUCAGACUUUUCUGAGGAAUACCCGCUCUCUCCCCCAAGCCAGAGGUAUGAAUAACCUGAAUGUUUGAAGGGUGCAAUGGCAGAGCAGCAAAGGCCUCUCCUGUAUGAAUUCAGAAGAACAUUAAGAUUCACACUAGGCUUAUCCCUAAAAUUCCCUCACUGCAGCUGAUCCCACUGAAAAUGCCUGGUCAUUUGGACCAAAGAAUCAAGGCUGACAAGGCAGAAUACUAAUGAUGCCUCCCUUGCGUGCCCCUGGCUGCAGAAAGGUCAGCAUACUUUCACCACAUUGACUGGGCUCUGCUGGAGGCUUCCUGCAGGGUCUCACACCAACAGCAGCAGACACCACUCUGAACAUCCUCCCUCCCACCUGUUUGACUCCUUUGCUGUCAAGCAGGGCUACAGACACGUAAAGGACAAAUUUCACGUUGCACUUAGUUUGGUUUAUUGAUAGUAUCUGAACUUGAAUAAAACACCGCUCUCCCUCCCAGAGCUCCGCAAGGCUAACAGCAGGAAGUCAUUUCCAUUCGACAUGAUUCACAGGAUUCUAGUGGGAGCAGAUGGAUCAAGAAAGCUGUGGCCAUUUUCAGUUGUUUUCCCUUUUAAACUGCAUGUUAAAAUGUCUGCCCUUUCCCUUUUUCAAGAUGAGUAUCCAGCUUGCCUAGCUUUCAAGGAUGUUAUGAGGCUUAGUUCAUUAAAACUGCAAGGCAUUUGAAAUAGUCUCGUGCUGGUUUUAUAACGGUACUUUGCAAUUCUAGCCACUGACUUUAUACCAGUGCCUCUGAAAACAGCUUUCUUUCCCAGCUGCAUGGGGAAGGUCAGCAGAGUCACAGGCUCUCCCCCAUUCCCUGGAGCUGAUAGGCAUCUUCUGUGGUGCUUUUUAUUCAAGCACUGUUAACAACAAACUUAAGAUCUCAAUAGUGCAGUGUCUUCCUUGUAUCUGAUUGCUCUUUUCCCCUCCCACAGGCAAAUUAGCUCCUGUUCUUUGCCACCUGCUGGAAGACACUCCUGAAUAAACAAUUUCCCCAUGCAGACCUGACUCAGUUUGCUAAAAUUAUGAGAAUGCUUUUGCCUUAAGAUGACCAGAUCUUGGCAACAAACAGCAAAAGAGAAGGGAGAAUUGAUACAGAAGAGGGAGCAUAGGAAAGAACAGUAGCUCAGAUGAAACAAGAAGUAUUUUCAGGAGCACUUUUAUUCCUCUCAUAACACCACCUUCUUUUGCACUUUCUUUCCCCCAUCCACACAUGCUGAUACAUAAUACAUCUGCUCUGGAACAGAGGACUAUUUUUUAGGAGACCUGAUCCAAUUGAACUGAAACUUGGUGAAUUCAAAAUGAUAAUGAAGCUAGCCAAGGUCACUCUUAGACACUAAUGAGCCACAGCCAGCAAAAAGUUACCCUUCUUAGGCUUUGAGAGCCAGGUUGCAGAGGCAGCUUUAAGAAGAAAAAAAAAUCAAAAUAACUUGCAGCUGCCCUAUUGUUGCUUCAUGUUGCAAAGACAAGUGUCCAGUGACAGUUGCUGGGUUGGAAAGCUUUCUAAACCAAGUACAUACUAUGUGGACUAACAGAAGACAAAUGUUGAGACAGAAGAGACACUAUUCCCAGAUCUUGUUUCCAGCCUUCCUAACCCUAUCAUGCAGCUUAAGUUUGAAUACGCAGGCUCUCAGACCAAAAUUAUUCUCCCAUUUGUAGUUCACUUUCAGCUUCCAUAGUGCAACACAGCACAAAUUGUUUGUCAAGAUAGUCCCAUCACACCUUGUCUAACCUUCUUUCCAACCCUGCAUAAUUCAGCUGCUCAUUAGUACUUGACAGAGGUUGUGAUACAUGCAAGAAACAUGCACUUGUCAAACUUCUAUAAGAAUUUCUAACCUAGCCCUAUGCUUUCAGUCUUAUGCAGCCAAAAUGUUAAGGCACAAGCAGAAAAAUGAGUGCAUAAAAUCUGAAGAUUGGUAAUGACAUGACCAGAAUCUGUUGGAAGACUGCAAAGUUAAGUCUCGCAAAAACACCUAGACAAAUUACUUAAUUUCCAUACAAGUUCUCCUCUUCCAGAGUGGAUGGACACUUCAAAAGAUAGAAAGCUACAGCAGGAAUUGUUUUUCUCUACUACAAAUCAAGCUGUUUGAAGAAUUUACAUAAACAGGAUGUAAAUGCCAAACACAGAACUGCAAUAAAGUUUUUCUUUAACCUCUGUGAGCAUAAAAUUGCCAGAUACACACUUAGAACCCAGGCAGGGCGCCAAACUGACUUACCUGGAGAUCUGUCAGGUGGCCCAGAAAAUAAACACUUUUUCUUUCAAACACUGGAAUAGAAAUAUAGGCUGGUUGUGGAUGAUCUCAGCAGAAUCCUGCCGUCUGUAGGCAAUAACUGACUUCUGUGUUCCCCCUGAUUCAGGUAAAGGUCAAACCAGGCUUUUGUCAACUUGCAACCAGGCCAAAAGGUUCUGCAGGUUAAACAUCUGUUUCAGCAUUUGAGACACUACAACCGGUGGGAUAUUCUUCAUAACCCAAGAAGUUAAGAUCAAGUGGACUCUUAGGGAAGUGGGGGGGGGCAAUUCAAGGGAGAGUGGAAACUCGGCAUCUCCCCAAAACAGCGAAAGCUCAUGCUGACCCAAGUGGCAGACUUACUGGGGCCUCUAGCGGUCACGUUUGGGAAAUACUGCGGAACGUAAGGCAGCAGCCAAAGCAACCCUGCUACUGCCUCAAAUCCUCAAUCCUGAAUCCAAAUAUGCUUUUUUAAUAUUUCACCUAAGAAAACAAACACACACACAGAUUACUGCAGUGAAGUAUCCCUGGUUGUCUUUGCAAGAUACUAAGCUCAGCUGAGGUGCCAGCUGCUCACAGUGGUUUUCCUAAGUAGCUGUAAUUUCAGAAAAGCGAGCCGCUCUUCACAACCCUGUUAAAUCAGCUUGCUGUUUUAUAAACACUCUAGUUACGCUGUGCUGGUAAGAUGGAGAGAGUGCCGACCCUGCUGAAGAAACCAUAAAUAGGAUUUGGCAGACAUUAAAGAUCACCAAUUGAGUCCAAAGCUAGGGAGGGCGCUGGGAUCAGAAGAGGGCUAAAAAGUUUUGCUGAGUAAAGCUCACAUACACUGAGAACAUGAAAACUAUCAGUCCAAAUUAUUCGGAGUAAGAAUGUGUCUCGGAAGUAAAACAUGAGUCUUAGCUAAGCUUUAUCGGCAAAUCCCUUGCUUGUGAGAGUGUAUGAAGGCGGCAGUUAACUCUUGUCAAUUUUAUAAACUAUUUUGUAAUGAUGUUUUAAAAUCCAAGCCAUUGCACCAGCAGCUAAGUAAAUGCAACUAAUAAAGAUUAAUCAAGGAUAAUUAAUUUUA